AUGGGAAGCUUUAUCCUUUCCUGCCUGGUUUAGCUUAUAUUUGGCACUCUUUACCCUGCCUAUUAUUCUUACAAAGCCGUGAAAUCAAAGGACAUCAAAGAAUAUGUCAAGUGGAUGAUGUACUGGAUCAUCUUUGCUCUUUUCACCACAGCAGAGACCUUCACUGAUAUCUUUCUUUGCUGGUUUCCAUUCUACUAUGAACUCAAAAUAGCUUUUGUAGCGUGGUUGCUGUCUCCAUACACAAAAGGCUCCAGCCUCCUGUACAGAAAAUUUGUUCAUCCAACAUUGUCUUCAAAAGAGAAGGAGAUCGACGACUGCCUGGUGCAGGCCAAGGACCGCAGCUACGACGCCCUGGUGCACUUCGGCAAGCGGGGGCUGAACGUUGCCGCCACGGCCGCCGUCAUGGCAGCCUCCAAGGUCUCUCAGCUGCUUCAUUUACACUUGUAUUUGGACCAGAAAAAAGGGCAGGGACAGGGGGCCCUGUCUGAGCGGCUCAGGAGCUUUAGCAUGCAGGAUCUGUCAACCAUCCGCGGGGACAGCAGCAGCAGCAGCAGUGCUCCUGCCUCAGUCACCGUGCGAGCCGGCAGCAAGCAGAGCCAGCCCAAGGCGUCCCGCAGCGCCGCCCAGGGCAGCGGCGGCUCAGUGUGCUCCUGCUGCUCCAUGUGCCGGCUCCUCACAGGUGUGGACAGUAAGUAUCAACAGCCAGCUGAGGCCAGCUGUGAGGUGGAAGGCUCUGUGUUCUCAGAUGAUGAAGAGAACAAUUCAUUGGAUCCUGCUUCCCUGAACAAAAGGCCAAAAAGGAGGGAUCCCCCCCUUGAGGCACCGCCUAGGACCCUUAGACCUCGCUUCAGGAAGAAAUGUACCUCGUCCUCUGCCACUGAAACCAUGUGAGUGCCACCAGCCAGCAGCACCCAGAGCCACAGAAUGUCUCCUCUGCCUUAAAGAGCAACUUUUUAACCAUGUAGGAAGCAGCCGUGGGUGAUGUGCUUUAAUGUACAGCACUGCAGACAUGGCCUCUUCUCUCUCUCUCUACCUUCAG